AAAAAAUCAAACUUUUGCUCGAAUUUAUAAAUAAUGUUUAGUAGAACCGCAAAAUAUUUUUCUUUUAAAAAAUCGAUUAUAAAAUAUAUGGUUACGAAUUCCAUUCUUAAUGUUUCACCUCAAACAUCACCUUUUAUACGUUCUUUUUCAAAAACUAUUCCAUGUUGUCGAAUAAAAAUUCCUAUUACAAAUAUUAAUCCAGAAAUUAAAGUUCCCGAUGAUCCAUACUUAUUAUCUAAACUAAUUAAAAAACUUGGCGAGCAAGAUAAAUUAGAAGAUGCAAUAUCAAUUGCAUUAAAUACUAAAAAGAGUGCUCAAUCAGAAGUAGUUUGGAAUCAUUUAAUUGAUGAAUGUGUUAAAAGAGGAAGAAUUACAUUGGGAAUUCGUUUACUAAAUCAGAUGAAAAAACAUUCAUUUGUUCCAAAUCAACAAACGUAUACAAUUCUAUUAAAUGGAAUCGCAGAAAAUCAAACAUUUGAAGAUAAUAUUACACAAGCAAAACAUUUAUUAGAAGAUUUACAACAAAUAUCAACACGACAUAAUCAGGUUAAGAUCAAUGUAAUCCAUGUUAAUUGUUUCCUUAAAGUUUGUUCUAGGUCAAAUAAUUUUGAAGCUUUAAUAGAAAAUUAUAAUGAAUUAAUUAACAAAGGCGAUUGGAAACCAAAUCAAGAAACUUAUACUAUAAUACUUAAUUCAUGCGCAAGACAUGAUUCUGGAUAUUAUGUUGCAUUGAAAUUAUGGGAUCAAUUGAAUAUCAAUCCUAAAAAUUCUAAAGAUAAACAAAAAGAAAUUGAUCAAGAAUUGGAAUGGGGUUUAGCUAAAAGAUUUGAUAAUAUUAUAAUAGAUGAUAAUCUUGUACGUUCUAUGUUGUUAGUUUGCAAAAAUCAUCAUGAUUAUCAGAAAGGGUUAGAAAUAAUUAAAUAUGUUUAUGGAUUGGAAUCUGAUGUGAAUGUUUCAAAAUCACCAUCAUUUAUUUGCAAUCUAUCACCGCAAACUUUAGAUGUUAUACUUGAUAUUUGUGUUAAAAAACAUUAUGAAAAAGGAAUCAAAUUAUUUGAUGAUGCAUUAAGUCAAUUUCCUGACUUAUCUUUAGAUAUUUAUAUUUUCAACAAAUUAAUAAAUUUGUGCAACAAGGCAGGAGAAUGUGACAAAGCUAUUUCGUUGAAAGAAACAAUUCAGGAAAGAGGUUUACGUCUAAAUAUACAAACUUAUGAUUUAUUGAUUACUUCGUGCAAGAUUAAUGAAGAUUGGACUACGGCUAAAAAUUUAUAUAUAAAAAUGUUACAUAAUAAUACAAAAGUAUUUGAUCCACGUAUUUUAAAUGCGAUGUUUGAAUUAGCUGAAAUUCAAAGGGUUAAGAAUAAUUCAUCGACUGAAGUUAAAUGGUUAUUGAAUUUAUCUCAUGAGAUUACAUUACAAAAUUUUAAUACUCAAAUGGAAAAUGAGAAGAAGAAAAUAUAUCAUUAUAAAAAAUUACUUAAAAAGAUAAAAAAAGCCUAUACAUCACUGUUAAAAAAUAAACGAUCAGGUUUAACCGUUGAAGAAAUUAAACGUUAUACAAAUAACUUAAGGGAAAUUAAAAUUAAAAUAGCUGAAGCAAAAAAAAGAAGUAAAACUUAAUCACUCGUAAUAAUGUGUAAAUUCAAUAUUCCUCUUAUUAAACUCUUUUGGUUGAUCGAUAUUAUUGUAUAUUUACAAUGAGAGUUUUAAUUUAUUUUGACUGCAGUAAUGGAAUUGGACAAAGUCCAAUUGAAAAAAUUUGGACUAUUGGACUUGGACUAAUUGGAUUUGGUCCAAGUCCAAUUUAGUUCUUAUAAUUCAAUACUUAAUUUUCAAUAAUUUUAUUAAUCGUUUCAAGCUUAUUUGUAGUAAUAUAAUUGUAAUUGGAAUUGAUCAUAGUCCAAUAGUCCAAUAAAAUUUGAAUUUGGACUGAACAAUACCAAUAGUCCAAUUGUU